CGUCACCCACUCAUCAGACGAAGAUAAUUCAAGUCGAGUGCCUCAUUCAAAAUUCUAAGACUGGUUGUUGGGUGACGUAAGCCUCUUGUAAUAUAAAUCGUUAGUAAGGAUGGGGCGUGGGGCAAGAGAUUCAGUUUCAGAAGAGCAGCGAACCUGCAUUGAGAUGACUGAAACGUCGAUGCUCAUAACGCACCUUGCUCUCGCUUGCUGUCUAGCCGGCGCAAGUGGCCGGCUACUGACGGCUGAAGACAGUAUCGCGUUGCCUAAGGGGCUUCUCAUUGGUGCCGGGGUGUCAGCUGUGCAGACAGAAGGGGCCUGGAAUGAGGACGGUAAAGCUGAGAGCAGCGUUGACUACCUAAUUCACCAGGACAGACUAUCUUCUCUGGGGUUGACGAAUCCACACGGUACUGAUAUUGCUGCGAACUCCUACCACCGCUUUAAAGAGGAUGUCAAGAUGGCAGCGCGCCUGAAGCUCAAGGCUUUUCGUUUCUCAUUUUCGUGGCCUCGGAUUCUACCCACCUCUGAUGCAUCGAAACCUAAUGACGUGGCGGUGAAACACUAUCAUGAUUUAGUAGACGAAAUCCUUUACUACAACAUGACACCUCUGGCAACAUUGUACCACUUUGACCAUCCCCAGAGUCUCGAAAGUUUCAAUAGUUGGUUCGGGUACGAGAUGGUAGAACAUUUUGUGGAAUAUGCAAAGUUCGUAUUCAAGGAGUACGGAUCCAAGGUGAAGAUGUGGUCUACAAUAAACGAACCCAACAUACUGUGCACUUUCUUUCCAUUGCUGUACAGAAAAGCAGGCUUUAAGUUAGACACAGAAAUGGAUCACUUGGUUUGCCAACGCCAUGCUUUACUGGCUCAUGCAAGGGCGUAUCGCGAGUUCAAGAAGUUAAAUCUUUCAGGCCAGGUUGGAUUGAGUCUCGCGCUUCUCCCGGCGAUACCAAGGUCGACGCGUGCGGACGACAUUUAUGCUGCUUACGUCCUUAACGAGAUGUUUGCCGGCAUCCUAUAUAACCCUAUCGUUUAUGGUGAUUAUCCACAGGUUGCCAAGAAGGUGGCUGCUGGUCGCCUACCGCUGUUUAGCGAAGAGGAAAAGAUCCUACUAAAUGGUACCGCGGACUUUCUCGGCUUUAACAUUUACAACGGUCUGACUGCUUAUUGGCAAACCCCCGACGAAAGCAGCAAAAAAGAGGUGUCUGUGCCUUUGGGUCCUACGAUUGAUCUACUGCCGUUUGUACAAGUAGAUUUCCCUAAUAUGGUCGGUAACGACACUGCCGACUUCUAUGAGAAGGCGAAGCCAGACGCAAUCCGAGAAACUUUAAUAUGGGUAUGGCAAAAUUAUAAGAAACCGAUUGUUGUCUCAGAAAACGGGUUUGGAGAUUGUCUGGGCCAUGGGAAAAAAGAUCAGCUACGAGCAGCCUACCACAGUGCCUUCCUGCGGGAACUCGUCAUUACCAUGACAGAGUUCAAAAUUGAAGUUUUGGCGUACUGUGCGUGGAGCCUAAUUGACGCAUGGGAAUUCACGUCUGAGUACAGGAGGCCAUUCGGAUUAAUUCACAUUGACUACGAGAAUGGGACUCUGGACCGAAGUCUAAAGGACUCCGCCUGGUUCUGGAUUGAAAUGGCAGAGACUGGCGUGGUGCCCACCGUUGAGGUGUCGUCGACAUCGCAUGUCAUUCCUGGUCUCUUUUUAACUUUUGUAGCGUUUAUCUGUUCACAAAAAUGUUAGCACCUAAUAAAUAACAUUUCAUGUUAACAAAAAGAC